GGAACCUUCGCCGCUCAGCCCCCUCCCCUCCCACCAUCCCCUCGACGACCACCAAGCCAUCAGAUACGCCCUCCGUAGCGACAUGCAGCGCCUCGAGACCGAGAGGACGCUGCUGAUCUGGGGGAUCAUGCUCGCGACGGCUACGGUGAUCGCAGUGCUUCUGGGGUACAUCUACGCGGGCCUGCACGAGCGGAGACGCAAGGAAGCUCGACCGAAGAGGCUGGCGAGCUACAGGCUGAGCGAGGAGGAGACUAUGGGAUACAGGAGGGCAAGGCUGGAGGGCGAGAAGAGGUCACCCAGCCCGGCGGGGGAGGCGGCACAAAGGAGGGCAUCAUCUGGGGGCUCUCCAAGGGGGGGGGGAGGUGUGCCAGGGAUGGUGAGGACGAGCAGCGGGAGCCGAUACUACGCGAGCCUGGUCAGUCGGAAGGUGAUGAUGAGAUCAUAAGGUUGCGAAGGUGGAACGAUGGAGAAGAGGAGGCUUCAAAACGGAUUCAAUAACAUUUUGUGCAAACUUGUAUCGGACCCCCUGACUCAGUGACGAAAAAUCAUUUGUACAUCUCAAUAAACCACUAAACGUUUG